UGUUAUGCAUACAUGUUUGCAAUGAAAUAGUUCUUUUGUUUACCGUACUACAGCAGAUGAAGAACCAAGUAGAACAGGGAAGGAAAAACAAUAUGCAUAUUGACUGCAUACUUACUCUCUGCUUUUACUAACCUCUUUUAACAUGUCUAAGUGUUAUUCUAAUGAUAUGCACUUCACUCAGAUGCAGUUUGAAUGAUAAAAAUCAUAUACUUAUUAAAGGAUAUAAAAGUGCCAGCAAACCUGUGAUUGAGUUGGAGAGAUACAGACUCCCAGGAAUGGAGAAAAGAGUGUGAGGAUCUUUCUGGGUGUUUCUAUAUUGUUUUGAGUUUUUUAGUUGCUUUCAAAUACUUCCUUCACAUUUAUUUGUUGUUGUUGGGUUUUUUUUCAAUUCAUUUUGAUGGUUAUGAAUUCCUAUUUUUUCCUAAGUUAGAUUUGGAUUAACUGAAAUCUCUCUCUGAUUGCUUUGCUGUAUCAUAAUAUUCAUGUUGAUGAUUCAGUAAAAACUCCAUAAUAAGGAAUACUUUAUGGAAUGAUUUGAAAAUCCUCUGCCAUAACAUUGAGAACCAGUGUUAUUGGAUGCAACUGCAACACUAAACAGAUGACAUGGUCAUAGAGUAGAAAUGGGGAUUGACUUAUAUGAAGUUGACAUCCGGUCACUCAACCCUAUGAGGUGGCUGACAGAUGCUGUUAUAGAUGUUGUAGCAAGAAGAAUGAAAGAACAAAUCCCCUCAAAGAAUGUGUACAUCUUAGAAACAUUCUUUGCACAGAAAUUGCUUGUCAAAGGAAAGCUCAACCGUAGACCCCUGGACAUGACAGGAUGUAAUUACUUGGGGGUGGAAAAUGUCCUUGCUGCUUUAGAUGUGGAUUUAGAGAAAGGAGCCAUCCUCAUUGUACCAAUCAGUAACAUGUUCCACAACAGAGGAAUAGUUUUGACUGUGGGGUAUUUCUCCUUUCCUAUAUCAGAAACAUUCUUCAGAACCAGUCAAUUGCAGAUGUUGAGAAUACCACAAUAUUGAUCAGGAACGAGGUGUCGAAUUUGUGCUUAUCAAAAUAAAGUUAGAAAUUAUAGAAACUACCUAAUGCAAGGCGAAGAUAACGAACAGUGAUCAAUCUCAUAACUCCUACAAGCAAUACAAAAUAGAUAGUUGGGCAAACACGGACCCCUGGACACACGGAUUAUAAAACGUAAACUGACCCAAACCAGGUUAUACUCAUAUAACUUGCCCCAGAAUUAAAGUCAUUCCUUAAAUAGAGUUAUCAUUCAUUUUACAUGGUUUAACUCCUGAUUGCUUAGAUGUUUUUCACUAUGUUCACAAAAUUAGCAGUAGAUCUAACAGAUUAAGAUCUAUUACAAUUACACUUAUGGUAUAAAAUGCCAGAAUUUUAAAAUAUAACCCAACAUUGGAAACCUUAUCAGUAUCUUAGAAUUUUUUUAACAUUGGAAAUGAAAACACAUACAUUUGUUUUUGUUUUCAGUAUUAUGUCUGUAGAUAGGAUAUGUAUGUAACAUAACUUCAUAUACUAAUCAAUAUUAUACCUGUAUAAUACUUCUGUCUAUAUAUGUGUUUUCAGGGGAUAGUGUAAAUUAGUACUAUACAUGUAAUUGUGCUAUUAUGUAUAAAUAAAGGACAUUAUUGUCAUUUUCUAUCUGAAUGCCCUGGUACAAUAUAUGUUAUCUAGUUUUGACAAGUGCAUAGCAAGUAUUUUUAUGUGAAGAGUAAGGGGAAGCCUUAGUUCAAGCAAAAUAGAAUAUGUUCAUUUUGAUUUUAUGAAAUCAUCACUAAGUGGUAGUCUCUUUCAUUUACCAUAUAACAAUGUGUACCUGAUGUUCUCAUCAUGCAUGGACAAUUUUUUUUCAUGUUGAAGGUUUAAUUCUAUGGACUUGUGUCAUUUUGUUUCAAAUUUCGUAACACCAUGUUUACAUUCAGCUAUGAAAUUCUUCUGGUGGCUUGUUAAAAUCCUUUUCUGAAAAACCCAGCUGUAGGUAUUUCUUGAAUUCUGGACAGUCCUAGUUUUAUGUGUUGACUGAGCACAUAAGAAUAUUACUAUCUAGCAUAUUGUACAUCACUUAAAAUUACAAUAUUAUUUUAUAAAACUGAUGCACAUUUUGAAUUGAAUAAUCAUGAUAUUGUAUCUUUUCUGCAUCUACUUUGUUUGACCAACCUAAUGUUAAACAGAAUAUACAUGCAUGUAAAUAUGUAUUUCAUGUACCAUUCCAUGGUUUAAUGAGGUAAUAAACUACAUU